AGACAUUUUGGCUCAAGCUGCCACCGCUGCUUCUGAACGAGGAGCUGGUCCGUGCGGCGGCCCCACUGUACCACUGGCGACAUGGAUCUGGAAGACCUCGGAGGUCCCGCCCGACGACCCGCUCCUGUCAAUCCUCGCUCGCGGAAUGCACCGGGCAGAGCAGCGGUUGACGGGGAGGCGGAGGUUCCGCCCGCCGCGUCCGGGGCCAUCGCCAUGGCCGGCAUCGACAUCGUGGCGGAAGAGGACGGCAGCGUGGUGUCGGACGGCAACAUGGUCGCGCAGAUGGCCGCCAUGGGCUACACGGGUGGCAGGCUGGCCGGAGACCUGGGGGGCGCGGCCCCGCAGCAGGCCGCGCAGGGCCACAGACUGCACGGAGACGGGGCGCCGCGGGCGCCGCGCAGCCGCGAGGAGAUGGAGGCCGCCCAGGCCGCAGCCCGCGGCUCGCGGCCGGCGGUCGGCGGCGAGGAGAUGACGCCGGCACAGAAGCGCGCGGCCCGGAAGGCAGCCGCGCCGCCCGCGCUCGACCUGACGAUGCAGCUGCGGGACCUGAUGGCAGGCCACUUCGAGGGGAUGACUGGCGCGUCGCAGGCGGCUAAGGCCUGCUCGAUCGUAGAGGCCAAGGCGGACGUGCUGGCGACAGACAGCGAGGACGGAGGCGGCGGUCUUAAUGCGCUGAUGUUCGUCGUUCAGCGCGCCGCCGACCCAGAUCUCAUCACCCGGCUCCUCCGGGCAAAGGCCGAUGUCAACGCAUCAAACAUGCUGGGUUUCACGGUCAUGCACAGUUUCGCCUCUCGGACAUCUAAGGACGCGGCGACGCCCAUCAUACUCGGAGAACUCUUGAGCGCGGGUUGUCAGCCUCUUGUCCCCUUGCAGGCUCUUAAUGGACUGAGCCCGCUACACGUGGCAGCUGGCUUCCUCGACGCGGAGUUGUGCUCGAUGUUGAUUCGGGCUCGUGCGAAUCCCUCUGCAAAAGGGCCUGGUGGCGCGACACCUUUGGAUUGGGCUCAGAAGCGCAAGCCAGAUUUCAGACAACUCCUUGCGCUCGAAUGUGCUCUCAAGCCUUGAAGCAGAAGUCGGUCCGGGCCCGUGAAGACGCCAACCUUCGACUGGAUGCUUCACUCCUUUGAGCCUUAAUUCCUUAGGAAACUCGUGGAGCGAGAUUCCAAGGGGCUUUUCUUUGUCACUUGCCUGCAAGCCAGACGUUGUGUCUUCACGAGAGGUUGCCGCCAAGCGCGCCUCCUCCUCCCCCUCUGAGUCUCCUGCCCCUUCCCUUCCUUCCUCAGUAUGUAUUCUCCUCCUCCUCCCUCUGGGGGCCAUCCUCUUCCCUCGGGGUCGCGCAACCCUCACUGGCUUUUCUGAUUUGGCAGGGAACAGUCCAGGGCUACAGAGCUCAGUGCCCAGUGGGGCCCACUCCCCUUCCCCGUGCCCUCCCAGGAGAAGGAGGAAGUUUUUUCAACCAGCGAUUAUCCCGGAGAUCGGACUCGCGGGGGGGGGGGGCGUUUGCGGGCCCCUUGGGCCGUCCCAGUCGCCUUAUUGAGGGGGCGAGCAGCACAGGGUCCGGAUUUGCUCCUCUGCUUCCAUAGGCUUCGGACAUGUCUUGUUCAGACGGUAUUGUUGCGAGUCGUCGGUCGCAAGUGUUACGAGCACUGUCUGUUAGCAGAACGUUAUGGUGGGACAACAGACGUACAAACAGGAUGUUAAAUUAUUAUCACCAUUCCGUGGCAGCUCCACUGGCAGCUCACCGCAGACGGCGGCAUCUCACACGCAGUUCUAACGGACAUGAGUCUACCGGAUAUAUCUCGCAGCCUGCCGAUCUGUGUGCUGGAGUAUUCCGCUGCGAAGCAGCCGCCUGUUGCCAGCCUGAUCCGUUGUGCCCCGCAGUGCUAGCACAGGAGGUGACCUUCCUGUGCGAGUACUAGCGGCGGCACAUCGCGUCUGUUUCAGCUGCGCUUCGUUGCUUUAAUCCGCUUGUCUUAGGUUCUCAGGGUGCGACGGAACCCAUGCGGGAUCUGUCCUCGCCCAGACUACCUAUAGGGAGCCCUCGCUCCCUAAUACUGCCCGGCUGUUUGCUAGGCCCAGUUCCCUGGAUCCUCCGGGGGACCGGUCUCGCAUCCGUCGAGUGCUUGCCUGCGCGACGUGCGAUCGUGUAACCACGAGUGCACGCUGCGCCGCUGAACCGCCGCCGUGGAGUCGAGGCAGCUCGAUUCCCGCUUUGCAGAGGCAUGGCGCGCUCUGCCGCUGCUUUUUCGCUGAAAUUAUAUUGGCCACCGCAGUGCAGUUUAUAAGCCUGUUUAAAUGCAGAACACAGUGGGUACGGUUGCACGGCGUCUCCUCCCCCUCCGACUUUGAGGGUAUUCUCCGAGAGAUGCUUGUGCACCGUAACUAUUGUGCCUUAUAGGCGUGCACGCCCAAUAUGCCUACAGUAAGCGUCGCCGCAUACUGUACCAUCUGCGUUGGGGCGGUGGGUAAAAGGAGCGCUCGCUACUAUUACCACCGUUUCGACAUCCCAUUCUACACCAUGCUUGGAUGCUCAUGCAAAAAAAAAUGGCUGGU